AGCACUUUCACUCGCAGCCCAGGCAGCCUCCAUCAACAAAUCAACCAACGUGAGCGAUUGCAGACAAGUGCAGGUUAGCCACCGGCGCUUUUCAAAUCCAUUUCGCAGCGGGACGCAGCACCUCUAUAUUUUUUUCUGCAGGUUGUGGCGACUGCCGGAUUUGAUUUUCACGGGCAGGUUAAAAAACUAUCUGCACCAGUCGGUAGGCGAUCGCGCGCACACGCGCCUCUCGGCUCCAGGCCCCCAGCCCCAGGGCGCCUUUCCCCUCUACGAACAACUUUUAUCGCGCAGCACAGUGUUUCCCACUGGCUGUUCCGUGCCACAUCACCAAUCAACAUGGACCCUCCCUCUGGUGCUACCGGAGCAGCUUCGCAGACCCAGUCACGCUCGCGCAAGCGCCAGCGCAGUGCCCGCGCGUCCGAGGCCGGAAACGCUGCGACGUCAGGCCCGCUCACCCCCGUCGCGCAGGCGCCCCAAGGCUGGGGUGCCGCCACCGUUACCAACAGCCACGGCCAGGCCGUGCGCGCGCCCGUCGACACCGUGCCCACCCAACAACCUCCCUCCUUCCCGUCGCAGCAGCUCGACAGAUCGCAUCAGGUCGCCGAGCCCGACGGAUUGAUGAACGGCUACACCGCCGCUCCCCCGCAGCACACCCAGUAUCCCGAUCCGCAGCCGACCCUCGCGCCCGCUCCCCAGCCCGACACCUCCGGCCUCAGCAGCCUGAGUGCCCUCGCCGGCGACCAUCACCAACACCACCAACACGCGCAACCCGGCCAGCCGCACCAUCAAGCCCAGCAGCAGCAGCAACGCGGCGCUGCUAGUAAGGCCGAGCGCAUCAUCUUCCAGCACCAGUACGGUCCCGGCCACCCCGCCGGCAACUCGUCACCCACCUCCGUGGCGAACUCAUCGUCCGCCGCGACCGGCUACAACCUGCCGGCGUGGCCAGUCCCCGACGCCAGCCCUGCGUCGCAACAGCAACCGUCCGCCCCUUCGUCCUCCAUGCCUCCGCAGUCGCCCGCCCUGGGCAGCGCCGCCGGCUUAGCCCCCCCGCCCGAGGGAAUCUACCGCUCGUUCGAGGAUCUGCUUGCGUCCGUGCAGCGCACGGCCAAGGAGCAGGGCUACAGCAUCGUCAAGCUACGCGCGAGCAACUACCGCGAAGGCAAGCCGACGCGCUACGAUCUCGUGUGUGACCGUGGCGGCGUCAAGUACAGCAGCACAGCCAAGAAACGCAACCCCAGCACGCGUAAGGUCGACUGCCCGUGGCGCGCCAAAGCAGUCUGCGAGGUCAACCUCGGCCAUCAAUGGCGCUUCGCCGUGCAGGAGGCACGCCAUAACCACGAGGCGCGCAUCCCCGCUGCCGUCCCGGGGCAGGAGAACACGCCCGUGGCGCAGAGCCUUCGGAGCAUCAUCAACAAGGUCGACCGCAUGGCCCACGAAAUGGCCCAAGGGAUCAACCGGCUGGAGGGGGCCCUCUCGGCCCGUCUGGAUAACAUCGAGAAGCGGCUCGAGGCCCUGGAAGGCGGACGGCCGGCGAUGCUUGGCGGCAACGGCGUGCCGUCCAUGGGUGCCACCAGCAUGCCGCCUGCCAAUAUGGGCGGCGGCGGGCUCGGUAACGGCUCGCUGCCCAAUGGCGGCAUGCAGCCGCUCGUAGAUGGCCGGCUGAGCGGCGUCGAGGGCCGGCUCGGCCAGAUGGAGCCGCGCAGUUUGGACGGUCUGCAGAUGAUGGACGACGACACGAGGGGUCUGUCCAUGAUGGUCAACUCAUAAUUCGAGCCUCCGGAACUUGGUCCAUCGGCUCAGAUUUGCGAUCCUGGUUUGGAACGAGAAUGGGUUUCCAGCGACCUGGCGACGGAAGAAAGUGAGGCGUGUUUCAGGGAGUUUCGCGAGCAUCGCGAACUUGAUACGGAAAUUUGCGAAUUUGGUCACAUCGGAGUGACUUUCCGGUUAUUUACUCGCUUGACUUUCCCUGAUCUAUUUUCUUUCCCUCGUCAACGGGGGAUGAAGCAGGAAGUCACAGCAAGAACGGUCGCCUUGAAUGGAACAAGAAGAAGAAGGAAAAAAAAUCUCGGGAAUCCUAUAUGGAAGGAACCACUGAUACGGGAUGGGAAGGGACAUGGGAACAACUGGAACACAGGGCUGGUUUACUACUUCGGCCUCACUUGGUGGAUGGGGCACAACCUUCCAGGUUUCUUCUCGCUUUGCUUUUCUUUCCCCUUUUUUUGCCCCAGGGAUCUAUUUUCUUUACUGUUGUAUAUGUAACCGGACACUUUCCGUGGCGUUUUGGGAUCGGGGACAGUGCGCAAGUGUGUAGAUACUCUCUCUGGUUCAGGCCACGCUUUGUUUCCGGCCGAGUUUGCGUUUUGCUUUGCUUGGCUUUUUUCCCUUUUUUUUCCCCUUUCCCCCCUUCUCACUAUCUGCUCUUUACUCUCGUUCUUCCCUGGUCUUGGUUUCGACCGCGUUGACCAAUGCAGGGAACGUGGCAGCUGGAGCCGGCCAGCAAAAUGGAAUCGGGAUGGGAGGAACUGGGCGCCAGCGUGGGCUGACUCGGCGUUUGACUUUUUGGGGAGAGAUGCGCCAAUCACUUGCUCUCUCUCUCUCUGUCUCUCUGCCUUGGGUGUGUACUCGGUUCACUUACCGCUUCUCCUUUGGGUUCGGAGGAAUACCCUUACUUACUUAGCUACCUACCUACUUACCUUACCCUUCCCUGACGUCAGUGGGCGGUUGUGGCUGCGUUGCCUCAACCUCUUGUGUCUACAGGGUCAGCUUUGCUUUGGCAGUUUCCUCCCUGGGGGGCCGUCAUACGAGGCGGCGGGUGGGUUAUCUGGAGAGUCGGCUUGUUUCUUUUCCCUUUCUCGAAGGGUCCUGGGGAAGGAAGGAAAGGGGCGGCGGCGGCACAGAUGAAUGACGCUUGCCUGCCGGCCUGCUUCUCUUGCUGUGUGUAUAUGACACCAAAAAACACAGAAAAUCUGUACGAUGGCUGCCUGCCCUUGACUGUGGUGUACAUACCAUACCGUAACAGAGUCUGUUGACGUUCG